UACUUUACUCUCGGUACAGUUCAUCCUUGGUCAUCAUCAUCGUCCUACUCCCACAAUCCGGUGAUUAUUCUCUGCACAAAUCACUUUUCUCCUUUCCUCAGCUCACGGUGAGUCUCUGGAACGGAUUGUACUAAUCUCAUUAUUUUCCCGGUUUCAGAACGAUUUCUGGAACAUUCAUUCCACACUCUGAGAAGAAACAUGAGUCACCCGAGAAAUGCAGAUGAUAUAUUUUCUGAGUUCUUUGGGGUCUCUAGACCUUCUGGUCCUUCUGGUCCCAGAAAUGCGGAUGAUAUAUAUUCUGAGUUCUUUGGGGUCUCUAGCCCUUCUGGUCCAAGAAAUAAGGAUGAUAUAUUUUCUGAGUUCUUUGAGGUCUCUAACCCUUCUGGUCCGAGAGAUAAGGAUGAUAUAUCUGCUGAGUACUUUGGGGUCCCUAGCCCUUCUGGCAGUGGCAGCAGUGGAGGCAGAGAAGGAGGAGGUGGUGGUGGUGGCACAAUGCAUCACGGUGGAGCUAGGAAGGCAGCUCCUGUUGAAAAAAAGUUGCCUUGUAGCCUUGAAGAUCUUUACAAAGGAACCACCAAGAAGAUGAAGAUCUCUAGAGAGAUUGCUGGUGUCUUUGGCAAGACGACGCAGGUACAAGAGAUUUUGACUGUUGAUGUGAAACCGGGGUGGAAGACAGGCACAAAGAUCACAUUCUCGGAGAAAGGAAAUGAGCAACCCGGUGUGAUACCAGCGGAUUUAGUCUUCAUCAUAGAUGAGAAGCCUCAUCCGGUUUUCACUCGAGAGGGUAAUGACCUCGUAGUCACACAGAAGAUCUCAGUUCUCGAGGCCUUUACCGGCUACACCGUCAACCUGACUACACUUGAUGGUCGGAGACUGACCAUCCCAGUCAACACUGUGAUCCAUCCCGAGUAUGUGGAAGUGGUUCCAAAUGAAGGAAUGCCGUUGCAGAAAGACCAGGCUAAGAAAGGCAACUUGAGGAUCAAAUUUAACAUCAAGUUCCCUACAACGUUAACCUCAGAGCAGAAGACAGGAUUGAAGAAACUUCUCGGAUGAAUGGAGUUAAAAUCAGCCCAGUCCAGUUAAAAUCAGCCCAGUCCAGACAAAACAAUGUAGAAUACGAGAGGAAGUAUCAAAGCUCCUAUAUAUUGUGAUUAAAUACUGUUGUGGCCUUUCUGAUCGAUUUGUAGCAUAUGUAUGAAUGAGUACUGUUGUGACCUUUAUGAUCGAUUUGUAACGUAUGUAUAAUUAAAUACUGUUGUAUAUUUCUGAUCGAUUUGUAACAUAUGUAUGAUUGAAGACGCC